UAAAGCGCAUUAUACUGAACCGCCGAAUCCCAAAUAGAUAGAAAAUGACAAACUGCAUAGGUUGCGUCGUUUUAUGAAUAAAAUCCAAACGCAGAAUUCAAUCUUAGAGCGACAGUGCCUUGCUGGAACAAAACAUCCAGAAAAUCUGUCCAUCUUUAUUAUUUUAGCUUGACUCCGCCUUCCUACCUGCAAAUCUCCCUUGCAAUCUUUUUAGCAGAUCUGACAGCAGCUAUCAGCUGUGCGCACAAGGGAGGCCGAAGGGAGUGCGUGGGAACGGCGACAGCGACUAAAGCAGCGCUCACUGUUUGGGAAAGAAAGAGAAACACAGUAUAAACCACGACUUCUGCAACGAGGUGGAGAAAAAGAGAAGAGAUCUCUACACAGGUGUAAACCCUUAGAGUCAAAAGGAGAAAACUGAUUACCGUUUUAAGGCGAUUGGUUCCCUAGAUAAAGAAAGAUAGGUCGCAAGCAAGCAACCGAUUGAACUACAUUUUUGCAGCAUUCACUGUACACCUAUAACAGCAUCAAAACGAAGAACUAUGUCUAUGGAAAUAUUCUUCAAGAUUUGGAAAAUGCCUAAUUUUAGAUAGAUGAAAAAUAUAGGCAUCGUUAAGGGCGAGUUUAAUGCGUUUUGCAGAAGGAGACGGACAAGCAGUCUGUUUUGAUGUUUUGUUCGCCUGUGCGUCACAGGUUUUAGGGGAAAUCGAUUUGCAGAAGAAAUUGGGGUAAAAGAAUAGCUGUGAAGGGAAACCAGGAUUUCCAAGCAGCAUGACUGAUGGUUGGGUUUGGGGGCGCUGGCAGGAGCCCUCCAAAGCCCGUGGAUGCUAGCUAUCACAGAUGGCAACAUUUCCGAAGGAAUCAACAGCAUUCUAUUCAUGAGUAAUACUAUCAAUGACAAUAUAAAGCCGGACUCCGUGUAUAUAUCCAAGAUGGAUGCAACUGUCAUCCUUUACUCUGGAGACGUGAAUUGCGAUACUAGCAAUGGCCAACGUAUGUGGUGGGCUUUCCUCGCUUCAUCCAUGGUUACUUUCUUCGGGGGUCUCUUUAUCAUUCUUCUCUGGAGGACCCUCAAGUACCUGUGGACUGUUUGCUGCCACUGCAAUGUUAAAAACAAGGAAGCGCAGAAGAUUAACAGUGGCGCUGGUAUUCAGGCUGAUGGGUCUCCUAAAAAUGCAGAUGAAAAGGAGGAGAGCCCAGCGAGUGAAGUGGGCUGGAUGACGUCAGUUAAAGACUGGGCUGGGGUUAUGAUAUCUGCGCAAACCUUGACAGGCAGAGUUCUUGUUGUCUUAGUCUUUGCUCUCAGCAUUGGUGCACUUGUAAUAUACUUUAUAGAUUCUUCUGACCCCAUAGAAUCCUGUCAGAAUUUCUACAAAGAUAUCACUUUACAGAUCGACAUGGCUUUCAAUGUUUUCUUCUUACUGUACUUUGGGCUGCGUUUUAUUGCAGCCAAUGAUAAAUUAUGGUUCUGGCUGGAAGUAAACUCAGUGGUAGAUUUCUUUACUGUGCCGCCGGUGUUCGUGUCCGUAUAUUUAAACAGAAGUUGGCUUGGUUUGAGGUUUCUGAGAGCGUUAAGAUUAAUACAGUUCUCAGAAAUUUUACAGUUUUUAAAUAUCUUAAAAACUAGUAAUUCCAUCAAACUGGUUAACCUGCUGUCAAUAUUUAUAAGCACAUGGCUCACGGCGGCGGGGUUCAUUCAUUUGGUAGAAAACUCAGGAGACCCUUGGGAAAACUUCCAAAAUUACCAACCACUUAGUUAUUGGGAAUGUGUUUAUUUACUAAUGGUUACUAUGUCCACUGUGGGUUAUGGAGAUGUUUAUGCAAAAACCACUCUUGGACGCCUAUUCAUGGUCUUCUUUAUCCUCGGUGGUCUGGCCAUGUUUGCCAGCUACGUCCCUGAAAUCAUAGAGUUAAUAGGAAACCGCAAGAAAUAUGGUGGUUCCUAUAGUGCAGUUAAUGGAAGAAAGCACAUAGUGGUCUGUGGUCACAUCACACUUGAAAGUGUAUCCAACUUCCUCAAAGACUUCCUGCACAAGGACAGGGAUGAUGUCAAUGUAGAAAUAGUUUUUCUCCAUAAUAUCUCCCCUAAUCUUGAGCUGGAAGCCUUAUUUAAGAGGCACUUUACUCAGGUGGAAUUUUACCAGGGAUCGGUUCUGAACCCCCAUGACUUAGCCAGAUUGAAGAUAGAGCAGGCAGAUGCAUGUCUGAUCCUCGCUAAUAAAUACUGUCCAGAUCCUGAUGCUGAAGAUGCCUCCAACAUUAUGAGGGUUAUUUCUAUUAAAAAUUAUCAUCCAAAGAUACGAAUCAUCACACAGAUGUUACAGUACCAUAAUAAGGCCCAUCUGUUAAACAUUCCAAGUUGGAACUGGAAAGAAGGGGAUGAUGCAAUCUGCCUUGCUGAACUUAAACUGGGCUUCAUAGCCCAAAGCUGCUUGGCUCAAGGCCUCUCCACAAUGCUAGCCAACCUCUUCUCCAUGAGGUCAUGUAUCAAGAUUGAAGAGGACACUUGGCAGAAAUACUAUCUUGAAGGAGUUUCCAAUGAAAUGUACACAGAGUAUCUAUCCAGUGCCUUUGUGGGUUUAUCCUUCCCAAUGGUCUGUGAAUUGUGUUAUGUGAAGCUGAAGUUGUUAUUGAUAGCCAUUGAAUACAAGUCCGACAAAAGGGAAAGCAGUAUCCUCAUCAACCCUGGGAACCAUGUAAAGAUGCAAGAAGGUACUUUAGGAUUCUUUAUUGCCAGCGAUGCCAAAGAAGUGAAAAGGGCAUUUUUCUACUGCAAAGCUUGUCAUGAUGACAUCACAGAUCCCAAAAGGAUCAAAAAGUGUGGCUGCAAACGGUUAAAGGAAGAUGCUAGACCAGCUGACCAAACUCAAUCCUAUAAAUCCUACAACACAUCUCAUGCACUUCUCAAUGCCAAACGUUUUGAAGAACCUGUUCUUCUAGUUAAUAAUCGUAAAGGAAGCCUGUACCUGCCCAGCGGCCCCUCUGUGCUUCGCCUUAGCCUAAUGAACCCCAGUGAACCAGGAAGACCAGCCCCCAGCAGGUUACAGCGGGCACGCAGUCUGCCUGUGAAAUACAGAUACCAUUCUGGUAGCUCAGCGGUGAAUCACAGCCUCUUCGAAGAUGAGCAUCCAUCAACACUGUCACCAAAAAAAAAGCAGCGGAAUGGAGGCAUGCGAAAUUCACCCAAUUCUUCGCCCAAAAUGAUGAGACAUGAUCCCUUGCUCAUUCCGGGAAAUGAACAAAUCGAGAACAUGGAUGCUAAUGUGAAAAAAUACGACUCCACUGGGAUGUUUCACUGGUGCCCAUCCAAAGACAUUGAGAAGGCUAUCCUGACACGGAGUGAAGCUGCAAUGACAGUUUUAAGUGGGCAUGUGGUGGUCUGCAUAUUUGGAGAUGUCAAGUCUGCACUAGUGGGGUUACGGAAUCUUGUGAUGCCUUUACGAGCAAGUAAUUUCCACUAUCAUGAACUGAAGCCCAUUGUGUUUGUGGGCUCUUUGGAAUACCUAAGGCGGGAAUGGGAAACGCUACUCAAUUUCCCCAAGGUUUCGAUUUUACCAGGUACACCGUUAAGUAGGGCUGACUUAAGGGCUGUCAACAUCAACCUGUGCGACAUGUGCGUGAUCCUGUCAGCCAAUCAGAACAAUAUCGAUGAUGCUUCGCUGCAGGACAAGGAAUGCAUCUUGGCAUCACUCAACAUCAAAUCUAUGCUGUUUGAUGACAGCAUUGGGGUCUUGCAGGCUAAUUCCCAAGGUUUUACACCACCUGGGAUGGAUAGAUCCUCUCCUGAUAACAGCCCAGUUCAUGGUUUAGUUCGACAGGCUUCCAUAACUACAGGAGCCAACAUCCCAAUUAUUACUGAACUUGCUAAACCUGUCAAAACACUGCCCUUGGUUUCAUUCAGUCAGGAAAAAAACUGUGGAACCAACAUUCAAAUGAUAACUGAACUGGUAAAUGACUCCAAUGUUCAGUUUUUGGACCAAGAUGACGAUGAUGAUCCUGAUACAGAACUGUAUCUUACUCAGCCUUUUGCUUGUGGGACAGCAUUUGCCGUCAGUGUGUUAGAUUCCUUAAUGAGUGCAACAUACUUCAAUGAUAAUAUCCUCACAUUGAUACGGACAUUAGUGACAGGCGGAGCUACACCAGAACUAGAGGGUCUUUUGGCUGAAGAAAAUGCGCUACGAGGUGGCUAUAGCACACCACAGACACUUGCAAAUAGGGACAGGUGUCGUGUUGCACAGUUAGCACUGUAUGAUGGUCCCUUUGCAGACUUGGGGGAUGGUGGCUGCUAUGGUGACCUAUUUUGUAAAGCAUUAAAAACAUACAACAUGCUGUGCUUUGGAAUUUACCGAUUAAGAGACGCACAUAUAGGUACAAGUAGCCAAUGCACUAAACGGUAUGUUAUUACCAACCCUCCAUAUGAGUUUGAGCUUGUCCCAACAGACCUCAUCUUCUGUUUGAUGCAGUUUGACCACAACGCAGGCCAGUCACGGGCAAGUUUAUCACAUUCUUCUCAUUCGUCCCACUCGUCCAGCAAGAAGAGCUCUUCUGUCCACUCUAUCCCAACAGCAAAUAGGCAAAACCGCACCAAGACCAGGGAUUCGCGAGAAAAACAGAAUGCAACAAGGAUGAAUAGAAUGGGCCAAGAAAAGAAAUGGUUUACAGAUGAGCCAGAAAAUGCCUGUCCACGGAACAUUCAAAUCAAGCCCAUGAGCACUCACAUGGCCAAUCAAGUAAAUCAAUAUAAAUCUACAAACAGCCUGAUUCCACCAAUCAGAGAAGUUGAAGAUGAAUGCUGAAUUCCAGACCCUUGGCGACAAAUGGAACUUGAGACAUUCUAUAUGAAGGAUGAUGCAGCAUUGUUGUUCCUACCUUGCGUGUUAAAUCACUGACAAAAGAUCAAGGAUCAAAAUAUCUUCACAAAAAACUAGUAGGGACCCUCCUACGUGUACCUUUAAUAUUACUUCCAUGCUUUUGGACAAUGUUUUAGUUAUAUUAAAAGAGAGAGAGAGAGAGACAAUCAAAUAAGCAUUGUACAGCCCCUAGCACUUAAAAAAAAAAAAAUAAAAAAUAAAUAAUAAUUCCUGUAAUUCUUUGCAAUAGUACUCCUCAUUUGUGGCCAGACUCCAUAGUAACCCAAUUUUGGAGAAUGAGGGUCACUAAAGUGAAAGUAAAAAGGAUUUUUCCAAAGAACGUCAAAAUAGAAUAUAUAUGUUUGUCAAACAUAUUUUGUUCAACAUUACAUAAAAACUUAUCAUAACCCAUAUUUUAAUUAUUUUUUUUUUCUCUUUGUGCUAAACUGGAACAUCAACAUGUUUAAGUACCCAAUAUUAACAAAAUCACGGUGAGACGAUAUGAAAGGCAGUUCUUUGUUAAUGCACGGUACUAGAAGAUCCAGAACAAGCCAAUCAUUGUCUUGCUUUCUUGGUAAGGUACAGAAAUAGAAUUUGCAAAUACUCUUGAUUGUUAUACCGGUAUCAUACAAACCCCUGCCAGAAUAAUUAGAACACAAAAUGUGUUGGCCGGUACAGAACUAGAAUGAGAUGACAUAUCUGCUGCUUAAUACAAGAUGACCCGCCAUGAUUGUCUUUUAAAGUGACAGAAAAGGCCCUGCUCAUGGAUUCAAAUAAGAUACGGAUUAUCCAGGUUUUGCCACAUAUCUAGAAUAUCCUUCAAUCUCUGAAGAUGGCUGUAUACACAGAACCAAGCCAUGGUUAGUUUAGUUCUUUGUAUUGCUUUGUAAAGCACAUUGCGUGACAUUGGCCUUUUAAAUAUAAAUCUAAGUUUGUUGGUGUUGUUCAAUGAGGUUUAUGUCCAAGCUCAGUAGAGGAAAGUCAGUGUAGUCUAUGCAGUGCUUCCCAUGCAUGGUCCAUUGCAUCUGGUGGCAGAACCAAGCUUGUGUGGCCCUAGAGACCAGCUUUUCACCAGGCGUACUUUGGACAUUUUGGCAGCAGAAUGGACAACAUUGACUGUGAAAGAAUUCACAUAGUCUGGUAAUGAACUCCAAAGAUAUCUGACUGGGUACAAAACAGACCCUAAUUUAUCCUGUAACAGCUACAGUACAAAUACAGUGGUGGUCCUGACUAUUGCAAGUUUUAGCAUCAAAAUAUGGUUGAACUAUUACAAUUACUACUUUCUAAGAUUGUAUACAUUGCAAACAUGUACUGUAACCAUUUAUUUGAAUAUGAUAUCAUGCAUUUGCCUUAUGAUGCAUUAAAUGCAAGAUUAAACCAUAAACAAAAAUGUUCCAAACAUUACACUUUCAAUGGACAACUAAAUUGUUUUAAAUAUACCAGUGAUCUCUUCAGUGGGUCUUGUUGGGUCCUUCUUUGGCCUUAAUCACUACCUGGCACUGUCUUGGCAUGGAGGCAAUAAGUGCUUGGAUAUUCUCUGUGCCAAGUUCAUGAUGUCAUAUAUAGAUCAGGGUUUUUAGAGCUUAUCUUCAAACUAGGCUUAUUUUAACAGUGUUUGACCAUAGUUAGAUGAUAAAACUACAGUCCUCAUGUACUGUAGCAUGUACUGUAACAUACUGUGUAUGUUAACACCUGAGCAGACCACCUGUCUUUAAAUAUACAUUUAAAAUAGUUCCUUAAGAGGUCAAUAUAAGGAGGUUUGACAGUACCAGGAUAUGUACGGUGAUGCACUAUUCAUGAAAACCACUGUAUGAUGCUCAAGUUAUUCUGGCAGGAAUCUGUAUAUACAGUACUGUAUAUUGCAAACUGCAGGCAUUCCAUAUAUCCAGUAUUGCUGCAGAAAACAGUUAAUUACAUUUAAGGUGUUCAGCCUUAAAUAAUAAUAGAAUCACUAAGCUGUUGCUCCUAUUCACAAUAUCAAGUCUAUUAUACGGAAAUCCAUAUAUUCCACCAAAUAUAACCUUAUUUAUUAAUUUUCUGUGAAGUUCAUAUCCAAUUCAGUAUUGCAUUUUUAGAAAGACUCAUUUUCUAAACUUUUAAAAUGAAUUAUAUUGAAACCUGUAAUAAUUAAGACAUUUAAACUGACAAUGUAGUCACUGGCAGACCCUUUCACAACCAAGGAAGAUUCAGUGGUUUCUGAAUAUAUACAUGAUUUUGUUAUACAAGUUGUUUUUGAGCUUCCUGUUUAGGUAUCUGUGAUUAUAUGGACUUUUAAAAAGUAAAUUGGUUUUGCUGGGCAUAACAUAGGGCUGCAUUAAAAACAUUCCGCAGCAAUAUAAUUACAACAUAUUUUAGAAAUGUAUAAUUAAAAAUUAUAAUCUAAAAAAAAGUCUAUAUUGGCCUUCAACAUUUAAAAAAACAAAAACAAAACAUUAAACACCUCUGUAUUAACAUGAUGUAACCCAAACAAACCAACAAACUGCAUGUAGAUGGAAAACGUUUAAAAUGCCUGCAGCUACUCUUACUGUUUUAAGGGUAGGAUUUAAUUUUAUUAGUUACUGAUAUUUGGCCUAAAUUAGGUCUCAUUUAAGGAAGAACACUUGAACAUUUCCAUUUGCAUAAGCACUAUAAUACUCCAAAUCAUAUAGAAAAAAGUGUCUCAGAAAAGGCCAUUAUUGUCUCCCUGGGUCAUAAACAGUUAGAAAAUAGAUAAGAAUUUUAUUGCAAUAUGUUCAUCGUCAGUGAAUAAAAGAACACGCAUAACAGCUGAAAUUGCUGUGUACAUUCUGUCCAUUAUAGACUACAAUUUUUUAAGCAAAACUGUCUCAGCUUUAAUGUCUGUCUACUGGCUGUGGUAGGAGUAUGUCCAUACUGCAACUAAAUAGGCUUUGUUCUGGAGUGAAUUUCUGAAUUGUGAUUACCUUGUUGUUACAUUUUGUAGCAAGUAGAGUUAUAAAAAAAAAAUGUGAAUAUAAUGUAUGUAUAAUUGGAAUGUUGAUAAUAUACUUGCUAGCCUGAAACGAUUCAACAAUUUAAAAUACUUUACCCAUUUUAUGGUGACUAAAUUAAGAAAAAAAAGAAACUCAGCUAUUUGUCAAUUUUUUUGGAAAAUAAAUAAGAUAUAUAUUUUCAUUUGACUUCAUUUUUAUUUCUACUCCUUUUUCUAGAAUGAACCAUUGCUGUUACAGAGAAAUGUUCCCAUAUACAUUGUGCUGCAUGUGUGUAAUACAUUACAGCAGGUACAUCUGUUCAUUUCAAAGUGUUGUUGAAAAUUAGCCAUUUCCAGAAUGCAACAAUAACAGUGGCUUCUAUUUAAGCAAACAGCAAUGAGGUUUAAUCAGUUAGGGUCAGUGUUUGCUUACAUUCCAUAGCUGUCUGUUUAAUGUAAACUAAUAAAGGAAUAUUGUAAAAGAAAACAUUUGUGGAGCCUAGUUAGCUGCUUAAAAGCAGAAACAAAGUGCUUGCCUACAUUCUUUGUAACUGAACAACAGAAAAACUGCACCUCAUAAAUUCAAACCUCACCUCUCAUUUUCAGUAAUGCUUGUGUUUCAGCAAAAUAUACAUAUCUACAUUUAUUGUACUGUUACAAAAGAUACCUAGUAAGAAGAUGUGUCACGAAAACCCUGAUUUGGCCAUGGCAUCAUGUACUGGCAUAAAGAAUAUCCAAGCCUUAAUUGUCUCUAUGCCAAGCCAGUGUCAGGUAUUGAUCAUGGCUAAUGGAGGACCCACAAAGACCCACUGAAAAAAAAUCACUGGUAAAGUUUAAAAAAUAAUAAUUGUCCAUUGAAAAAGUAUUCUGUUUGGAACAUUUUUGGAGAGUGUUUAAUGUGAAUUGUAUAGAUUCAUAAAUUAAGUGCAUCAUAUGGCAAAUUAAAUUAAAUUUAAAUAAAUAGUUACUUCUCUCUUUCUUGGACAGUAUAGUUUGUAACAGUUCAAAACGAAUGAAUAAUUGUUGAAAAGCUUACUGCAAAUCAAGCCAUACACAGUACUUGCAAUGAGAUAUAUUUUCAUGUCAUCUACAAAAAACGCAUCUUUCUUUAAUUGUAAAACAUAGUACAAAUGUUUUAGAAAGAGUGAGCAUUAUAGAAACUUGAAGUAAAAUAAUAUCAGUACCAGCAAGUUUUCAGUUUGAACAUUUGGGUACUUUCACGUUUUAUUGCUUGAGAAAUGGUAUACAAUGUGUGCUGUCUUUGUAUAAAGUCCUUGUGAACCGAUAGCGUAGACAACUUUAUUCUUCAAACACCAUUUCAGUAACUGAAAAUAGGUGAAUAUGACCUCACCACCAUAUACUAGAAUCUACUUUUGGUAUGCUGUUGCAAAUUAUAGCUAGAACAUUUAAGGUUGCAGCACUGCUUGCUGGUUCAGAUUACCACUACUGAUCAUUUCCCAGAACACGUUUUUAAUAAAAGUCUUAAGCCAAGUUAUAUACCUGGCUGGCUGUUUUCACACAAACAUAAACAUAAAAAGUGUCCCUCUCACACUAAAACACAAUUGCUAUUAAUACAUGUCUCUUAAGAUAUCUUAUUAUAAUGUACAGCAGAGAAUGUUUGUGGCACCUCUUCAUUAAGAAAAAGGAGUAUGGCAUAGCAGUGUCAUUUAUUUGAUUUGUUUUAGCAAAGGGAUUAUUUGUAGAAAUGGACGAUGCUGAGAAGAUCUACCUGACUCUGUCAUAUAUGAUAUCCAGUGAUAAAUAUAUUGUCUUGUACAAAAAGUUUGUACAUAAAUUGUACAUGGUUUCAUUUUGUAUUUUCUCAAAUUAAAUUGAUGUAUUUGUGUUCUAA